ACAGACGUGUGAAUCUGCCAUUAAUGUACGUAAUAUCGAUACUUAUUUAAAGUAUAAGGUGUUUGUCGAAGUUAUACAUCAGACACGUGACUGUAGUAACCGGUGAGCCUAAUUUUGCCAGUGUACCGUCAUUUUGGAUUUUACAAAUUCGACGAAAUGGAUAACAAAUUACCCGAGUCGAUCAAUUUCCCUCAUGAGGAAGAAGUCAUACUAGAGUAUUGGAAUAAAUACGAAGUUUUUGAAAGUUGCCUAAAACAGUCCAAGGGUAAACCUCGUUACUCAUUCUAUGAUGGUCCACCUUUCGCUACUGGCUUGCCUCAUUACGGUCAUAUUUUGGCUGGCACUAUCAAAGAUAUUGUUACCAGGUAUGCACAUCAAACAGGUUUUCAUGUAGAACGGAGGUUUGGUUGGGAUACUCAUGGUUUACCGGUGGAGUUUGAAAUUGAUAAAGCACUCAAUAUUAAAGGACCAGACGAUGUAAUGAAAAUGGGUAUUGCUAAUUAUAAUAAAGAGUGCAGAAAUAUUGUCAUGAGAUAUGCUGAUGAGUGGAAAAAGAUUGUUGGUAGAUUAGGCAGAUGGAUAGACUUUAAAAAUGACUACAAAACAUUGUACCCAUGGUAUAUGGAAACAAUCUGGUGGAUUUUUAAACAAAUGUAUGAGAAAGGUUUGGUUUAUCAAGGGGUCAAAGUGAUGCCUUUCUCUACUGGUUGUAAUACUCCAUUAUCAAAUUUUGAAUCUGGUCAGAAUUACAAAGAUACAGUUGAUCCUUCAGUGGUUGUGUCUUUCCCUCUGGUUGAUGAACCUGGAGUAAGCAUGUUAGCAUGGACAACCACACCAUGGACCUUACCAAGCAAUUUAGCUUUAUGCGUCAACCCCAACUUUGAAUAUGUAGAAAUUAUUGAAGAAGAAUCUGGAAAAGUGUACAUUUUGUUAGAAGCUAAUUUAGGACUUGUUUAUAAAUCAGAUGAUUUAUACACUAUUCAUAAGAUCCGAAAAGGAUCAGACUUGUUAGGCAAGUCUUAUGAACCAUUGUUCCCUUAUUUUCUACACAUGAAAGAAAAAGGUGCAUUUAAAAUUUUGAAUGAUGAAUAUGUUACUGCCGAAUCAGGUACAGGUGUAGUCCAUCAAGCACCUUACUUUGGAGAAGAUGAUUAUCGUUGCUGUUUGAAAGCAGGUAUAAUUACUAGAGAUCAGGAGAGCAUCUGUCCUGUAGACAGUUGUGGUCGUUUCACAGAGCCAGUUAAAGAAUUCCUUGGGAAAUAUGUGAAAGACGCCGACAAAGAAAUCAUCAAGCAUUUGCAGUCUACAGGCCGUCUAAUUAUCAGCAGCACAACGAAACACAGUUAUCCAUUCUGUUGGCGAUCCGAUACUCCUCUACUUUACAAAGCCGUACCUUCGUGGUUUGUAAGGGUUGAGUCUAUUAAAGAAAAACUUUUGAAAGCUAAUGCUGAAACUUACUGGGUACCCGAAUACGUUAAGGAAAAACGUUUUGGCAAUUGGCUCAGAGAAGCACGAGACUGGGCUAUCAGUAGAAAUCGCUAUUGGGGUAAUCCAAUUCCUCUGUGGAUAUCUGAUGAUAGAAAGGAAGUCGUGUGUGUAGGAAGUAUUGCUGAAUUAGAACAAUUAACUGGGCAAAAGAUCACUGACAUUCAUCGUGAGAGCAUCGACCAUUUGAAAAUUCCGUCUAAACGUCCUGGUUACCCACCACUUAGUAGAGUUCCAGAGGUCUUUGAUUGCUGGUUUGAAUCAGGUUCCAUGCCUUACGCUCAGAUGCAUUAUCCAUUCGAACGCGUGAAAGACUUUGAAGAAAGCUUUCCAGCUGAUUUUAUUGCUGAGGGUAUCGAUCAGACUCGCGGUUGGUUCUACACUCUCUUGGUUAUCUCGACUGCGCUGUUCGGCAAACCACCAUUCAAGAACCUCAUUGCUAAUGGAUUGAUCCUCGCAUCCGAUGGUCAAAAGAUGUCUAAGCGUAAGAAGAAUUAUCCGGAUCCUCGAGAAAUCAUCGACAAAUAUGGCGCCGAUGCUUUGAGACUCUAUCUUAUCAAUUCGCCUGUCGUCAGAGCUGAAAAUCUUCGAUUCAAGGAAGAAGGUGUACGAGACGUCAUCAAAGAUGUGUUCUUACCCUGGUACAAUGCAUUCAGAUUCCUUAUCCAGAAUGUCGAGCGCUUUGAGCAUGACGAGAAAAUCAAAUUUGUCUACGUAGAAACUAAGGAGCCAUCCACCAAUAUCAUGGACAAAUGGAUUCUAUCCUUCACCGAGACUCUACUGCAAUUCCUCAAGACCGAGAUGCAGGCGUAUCGUCUUUACACCGUUGUUCCUCGCCUUGUCAAAUACAUCGACAAUCUAACCAAUUGGUACGUUCGCAUGAACCGCAAGCGUAUCAAGGGUGAUAGCGGUAAGAAAGACUGUCAAGCAGCGCUCAAUACUCUAUUCCGAGUAGUCUACACGAUGGCGAGAAUUAACGCUCCAUUCACACCUUUCCUUACCGAGUUCAUGUUCCAAAGGCUUCGCAAGCUCCUACCACCUGGCAACAAUAUGGAAAGUAUCCACUAUCAAAUGAUCCCGGAUGCUUGUGAAGAGUUAAUUGAUGAGAAAAUUGAAGGCGCCAUCUCUUGUAUGCAGACCGUGAUCGAGCUUGGUCGAGUUGUAAGAGAUCGCAAGACUCUGCCUGCGAAAUAUCCUCUGCCGGAAAUUGUGGUUAUUCAUCAGGAUGUAAACAUAAUCAACGAUAUUCUUUCUUUGCGAUCAUACAUCUUGGAAGAACUGAAUGUUAAAGAAUUAACGGUCACCACGGAUAAGAAGAAGUAUGGUGUUACACUUAGAGCUGAACCGGAUCACAAAACUCUUGGUGCUAGGCUGAAAGGCGAGUUCAAGGUUGUAGCUGCGGCAAUUAAAGAACUAACCGACGAAGAGCUGCAGUUAUUCGUUUCAAAGAAGGAGAUCGAAGUGCUAGGCUAUAAGCUUGAGGAACAAGAUCUCAGACUGAUGUUCAGUUUUACUGGACCGGCUGCCGACGAGAUUUCCAAACGAUACGAAGCUCACAGUGAAGGUAAUGUGUUGAUUUUGUUGGACGUGACGCCUGAUGAGACUAUGCAGAAUGAAGGCUUAGCAAGAGAGAUUAUCAAUCGAGUGCAAAAGCUCAGAAAAAAAGCAAAGCUUGUACCUCUGGACGAAGCGACGGUUUACUAUGACGUUAAGGACACCAAUAGCGUUAUAGCUAAAAUAAUCGUUAGUCACAAGGAGUUCAUCGAGAGUACAACGAAAACGCCACAAAAAAGUAUGUCUGAGAAACCUGCUAGCGCGAAAUCCAUCAUCGAGGAGACUUCUAACGUUAAAGGUGUCGACGUUCAUCUGGCGCUUGUUUUGGCUGGAAAACGACCUUUGCAACUUGAAAUUAUCAAAGCUAAAAAUACGAAUGAAAGCAAUUAUGUCGUUCCUUUCACCAAGUUCGUGAAUGUCGAGUUGAUUGGUUUUCGACCGAGGUUCGGUACCAACAGCAUUUAUGGUACUCUGCUGUUGGAAAAUGCCGGUAAAACUAUUAAUUACAAUCAGUUAAGAGAGGAAGUACAAAGAAUGUAUGGUAUUUAUGGAUGUAAUUUUGAGCUGUUUGCCAAUGGAAAUAAACUGAAUAAUGAAACGAACUUCCUGUCGCUGAAUUUUGCAUUAAUUCAAGUAAUAAAAGUUGGAAUGUCGCCGACAUGCGUAGUGGAAUCAUUAGUUAAACUUCCUGCUUGCCGCUUCGUUAACAUGCAAGUAGGAAAUAACAAAGAUACGAUAUUGUUAGAAAAUCCUCAAGGAAACUUCAUGGUAGUAUACGAUUCUCUGAAGUCCAGAAUCGAGUUACUCUAUCCAGAGACGCAGUUCAUAGUACCAUCGGCCGAGAUGAACGUUUUAAACGGAGCCACGCUGCAGGUUAAAAAUUGA